CGAACACAAGCUAGGAUUUCUCAACUUAAUUGUUGAUGCUGUUUCAAAACAGGAAUAAAUUUGGUUGACGCAAUGAAGCUACUGUUCUUUUGUCUUCUCUCUACAAGCCUGGUGUGUACAAGUGUAAAAGCUACUCUACAGAGAGAUGUCAUCACAUACAUGAACGUGUUUCGGCAUUUGCACGCGGCUGGACCACUGUUGGUUGAUGAUGUCAUCCAGAAAAACGCACAAAAUGCGGCCGUGUUGUUCAUGAAAGCCAAAAGCAAAGACAAUGUUCCAAUUUACAGAUACAGUGCCAACUUCUGCAAGUAUAAGGGAUCUGUAGUGGAUCUGGACAAAACGUGUGUUACAUCAUGGUACGUGUCGAUGAAGUAUUACGUUUGGUGUCAUCCAAAAGCCGAGGGGCAAGCUCUUCCAUUCGUGAACAUGAUUUGGAAAGCCAGCACUAAAGCAGGAGUAGGGAUAGCAAAAGACACAGAUGAAACAUAUUACGUGGUCGUGUAUAUUGCGCUUCAGGAUGAAAAUAAUGUGUUGAGAAACGUGCCACCGGUAAAAAUCGUAAUGGAGGCAAGCCCAUUAGCAAAAUGCCCUGCAGGUUACUCAAGAUAUGAAACGUCUUGUUUCAAAUAUGAGACGACUUCAGUAACCUGGGACGAAGCAGUGACACGCUGCGCAAGAGAAAAUGCGACUUUAGCCUCUAUCAGAAAUGCUAAAGAGGAAGAAUUUGUGAGAGGGUUGCAAAAGAAAACUGGGUCGGGAAUGGAGACUUGGAUUGGUUUACACGAUAGUUUACACGAAGGUAGCUUUAAAUGGUUUGACGGACUGAAGUUCAAAAGUCACGUGUGUGUUCCGGUUCAUGCCGAUGGUGGAAACUUGGAAAAUUGUGUGGCAUGGAGCAUUCGCAAACCCAAAGGAUGCUGGGACGAUAGACCAUGCAACGAAAAAAGACCUUUUACAUGUAGGAUUCCCGUUGAAGGCAAAUCAACUUACAGAACUGAGGUCCUGUUCAAAAAAUUCCGCUGGAGAGCGAACUAUAAAGAUAAAAAUUCCAAGGCCUACAGAGAUCUGGUAAAUGGAAUCAAAAUAACGUUCAAAGAAAUCUUCACACGAAUGUCAGGGAAAAAGAAAGGUGGAUUCAGAAAAGUUAAAGUUAAAGGUGUCAGGGCAAUAUCCUUCAAGGGAAGACCUGCAGGCUUAGGAAUUACGGUUUCAAUCAAGUUUAGAUCCUUCACCCCAGACCCCACUCUCCGGUUUCAGAAAUUUCUGCGUCCUUCGGAAAAACUUCUUAGUAUGACCAUUGACAGACCAGACAAAGCGGAAGGACAUACAGGCAAAGCAGGAGACUACUGUUAUGGUUCGUGUAAUAACCAUGGAAGAUGCACUUCCUCCCUUCACCCUUAUAAUUAUCACCUUGGGCUCCCUGCACCGGCAUACUCUGUGUACUACCCAGGGGUGCAGACCGUGACGGGCACCACUGACCCAUACCCUGCCAGCUGUCCAAUGACAUGCAGUCAGUAUCCAACAUUAGACUGCUACAUGCAGUGCAACGACGAAUGUUGUGAUAGCAGGGAAGGCAAAAGGAAUUGGAAGGCGAAGGCCAUCGAAGAUCUAAUGGAGAAGCGAUUCCAAAAUCAGGAUCAACUUACUAGUGAUGAAAGAAAUCACACAAAGUUUGGAUCUAGUUAUUCAGAGGACAAAGAUUCAGAUUUGCAGCAUAACAAUGCUGAGUCACAUGAUAAAGGGGAUGUUUCAAAAAAUGUUAUCAAGAGUCUCAAGAAAAAGAUAAAAAGUCUUCAAAGGCUCUUGAAGAAAAAAUAUCAACCGGAUAAGUUCGAUUAUUUCGACGACAUUAACGAUUCUACUGAACCAAAAGAUGACCAUGUUAUCAAUUCUCUCAACAAAAAGGAACAGUCACAUGAUAAUGAUGAGGAAAACGAACUAGACGCAAUUGCACACGAUCUCAUUGAUGAUAAAAAUGAGCCAAGAGGCGUGCCUGUAGGCAACACACUCAAUAGGCCCGAGCUAGCAGAGAAAAAUAUCACAAACAAGGAAAUCACGUACAAUCAUGAAGAGAGCUUUGGUCAAAAGGAAAAGUCCAAGGGCAGUCUACAAGACGACGAUGGCAAUGAAGACAUCAGCCUUGAAAAUCAAGGCGAAAAAAUUGGCAUUCAAGGGGACGGCACAGGCAAUCCAGGUGACAGCAUUGAAACAAAAGAAAAUAGAACUGGACAGCAUGAUAGUAAAAGUGGCUUUACCAAAACUUAUAAAACAUCACAUCUCGAAUAUCAAAACGAUUACAUGGUGAAAGAAAGAGAAAAUGCCGUGAAAACGAUUCAACACGCAAAUAUCUCAGUUGAAGAAGAACCUAUUAACAAAGGGAAGACAGCCAAGCAACACGACCCCAUUAAUGUCUACGAACCUGGAAAUAGAAUGAUUGAGGAGAGCACUGAUGAGGAAGGAGAAGGUGACGAUUCUGAAAACGAACCACCAGCUGAACAAGGACUUUUGAGUUUGCAAGAUUCUGCAUUAGACCCAACUGAAGAAAUAUUGAAUGAAGAGGGAAUUGAUGAUGUUGGUAACUUUGGCAGGAAGAGAAACUUUAUUCACAGGACAAAGUCAAGCCACUCUGAUAAAUAAAACUCGUCAUCAUUAUCAUUUUUAGUUUAGAAAUUUAACCCUGUCGAAAUCUAUCCAGCAAUAACUAACAAUCAUCUUAUGGGACAAGCGUCUCACCUUUU